CAUUUAUCAAUGCAACUUUACUACUAGAAGCUACCUAGGUACGCUACUUCCCAUUCUAUUCCUCUACUUGUUUUUUUGCCGAGGUUUGUUAAACUCAUCUUCAUCUAUCGUAUCUACACUCCUAACGAUCUUCACUACUCCAUCACCGACGCCUAUUUGUCAAACGACACCCAUUGAAUAUCCAAUAUCCCAUACAAGGUCUCAUAGAAACAUAUCUACUCACCUUCAAGAUGGCGACCUGGGGUCCCGGCCUCCUCCAAUCUGACGACGACUACGAAAUCGCAGAGCACCUAUCCCGUCUUGCUGGAGUCAAUCUUCUCUGUCCUCAUGACCAUGAAGACUACCCCAAGAUUGUCAAGAAGCUAAACGAUGGCGGAAUCUCCGAUCUUUUUCAAAGAAUUAUGUCAUCCGACUUCAAGCCUGAUCGAAGCUAUCAUAAACGAGAACGCGUACCUAUCAUUCUCGGAAUGCUUGCCAUGUGUUUAGGUGUCAUUAUUGAGAACAGCCAUUUGGCCCAGCUUGGAGUGCUACGACCCUGGCUUCCCAUCGUCGAACAGCAGGUGCAACUCGUUACUGCGCUUGAUGAGUACAAGAACAACGGCACACCUUGGCAGUCGGGAUCCAAGAACCGUGAGGAAACAAUGCGCGCGAAGGAGGUUGGACCUUCGAAAUAUGAUCUCGGGGAUGAAUUUUGGGGCAAUGGUCUAGGACGCUCUCUCGAUGAGGACUGGACUUCGAAGAUGCUCAGUAAAGUCUGUUUCAACUGCGGCGAGAAGGGAAACCUCGAGCAUUGCGGGAAAUGCAGGAUUGUUCAGUACUGCAGCAGACAAUGUCAACGAAUGGACUGGCCAAUCCACAAGAGAGUCUGCACCCCACGUCCUUCUGUCCGCACUUGCCCUGUCCCCAAGCCUAAGAAGCAGGUUGAACCAGAAGUCAAUCGCGGUGAAGACGAUGGCGACGAUAUGGAAGAUACCGGAGGUCACAAGGACGAGGUCAAUGAGGCUAGCGAGGGUAACGACACUAGUGAUAGCAGCGUAAACGAGGAGAUUGAGGACGAUGCCGAAGAAGAGUACGACGAAAGCUUUGAAAUUAACGAGGACGAUGCUAGUCAGUACUACGAAUAUGAUGAGGACGACGAGGACGACUACGAUGGAAGGGGAUACGACGAAGAAGGGUACAACCAAGACAAUUACGACGAGGAAGAUUAUGAUGAAGAGGAGUAUGAAGGUGAAGACGGUCCUCAGGAUCAGGACGAAGCCGAAGUUGGGUGUCCAACCUGCAAGUAUGGAUAUGAUGAGGCCGAGGACGGUCCGAACCAGGGUCAGUACGAUGAAGACGAAGACGAAGAUGAAGGGGAGGGCGAGGGCGAGGGGGAGGAGGAGGAGGAGGAGGAGGAGGAGGGCAGCAACGACGGGGACGGUGGUGACGAGGUGGAUGAUGAGGAAGGUGACUACGAAAACGAAGAUGAGGACGAGGACGAGGACGAGGACGUCGACCAUUACGCUGAUGAAGACGAUGAAGCCAUUUUCGAGGGUAACUACAAUGGUUUCUAUGAGUAUGUCAACAGCAGCUCUAACCCAGACGAAGGCGAGGGCUAUGAUUUGGAUAACGACAAUGGCCACGAAGCAUCAGGCUCCGAGAACGAGGAUCGACCCGAACCCUCCACAGGGUAAAUCCACUGAUCCUCCAACGGAGAAAAAAGGCCUUGACUAGUUGGAUCCGAGGGCGUUUUCGGGGGUCCUCGCAUGCUGCACUUCCUCCCAAUGAGAGGUCGGAGGGCCGAAAUGAAGCAUGAAAAGAUUUUAUUAAUUACCUAGGUAGUUAAGUGCCUUGCAGAUUUGGCGAUGCUUUUUAAUGGACUUUAAAUGUCCUGUCUCAAAUAGAGAGAACUAAAUAAAUCCGAACUCUGAAAAAAUGAUA